AUCUGACAGCUGACAGCACUAAACAUUAAACAAAAUUGUCCUUCAAGUUAUGUGACAAUAAUAAGUUCAUUUGAAAUUUUUUUUUCUAGCAGUAUUAAUGAAAAUUGUCCCGGGAAGUCAUAUGGAAUGUCCAAGCAAUUUUGACAUGAAAGUUAGAAGAUGGGUGGUGUAUUUUUUGGCAAUUUCAAUAUUAUUUAUUCUAUGGAAACUGACCAUUAUCCAAACAGACGUGGAAAAAUUACAAUUCUUGAAGGACACUUUGUACUUAAACAAGGAGCAAUUGCAAUUGUCCCACCAGCAAUUAAUCCUAAUCGAGCAUUUAUAUCAAGCGAAGUUAGGUAAAGAGCAGCCGAUGAUUUAUGCCAUCACGCCGACGUACUCGAGGUACGUUCAAAAAGCCGAACUGACACGAAUAUCGCAGACUUUAGCGUUAGUUCCGAACGUUCAUUGGAUACUCGUCGAAGAUUCGGAUGAGAAGACGGAUUUGGUACGGAACUUGGUCGCGGACUCGAAUCUUUUGGUAACACACCUAAGUAUUAAGACGCCAGUUUACGAAAAGCUGGGGGAUGAAGAUCCGAGAUGGUUGAAACAUAGAGGUGUCGAGCAGCGAAAUCUGGCGCUCAAGUGGUUAAGGGAAAAUUUACAGCAUGGAAAGGAUAAAGGAGUUGUGUAUUUUAUGGAUGAUGAUAAUACGUAUAGUGUGAAAUUGUUUAAAGAGAUUGCAAAAGUGAAGAAAGUUGGCGUAUGGCCUGUUGGAUUAGUUGGAGGACUAAACGCUGAAACCUUAAUAUUGGAUCCCAACACAGGAAAAGUUACCGGAUAUCGAAGUGGAUGGAAGGCGGAUAGGAAAUUUGCAAUAGAUAUGGCAGGCUUUGCCAUCAAUUUAGAUUUAAUAUUAGCUAAAUCGCAAGCGGCAUUUUCAUAUAGAAUGGAAAAGGGCUUUCAAGAGAGCGAGUUUUUGAGCUACUUCACCACAAAGGAGGAGCUGGAACCUCUGGCCGACAACUGUACAAAAGUGUACGUUUGGCAUACGAGAACUGAGAAGCCGAAUGUAAAAGGGGUUGUGCCGGGAUUGGAGGUUUAGCUUUACACUAUGGUUCCUAAUUUGAACUUCCCCACCAAUGACGCUUUAUUUUUGUUUGUAUGUCAUAAUUUAUUCAUUUGGUUUUUUAAAUGUAAUAAUUACCUACUUUACUUACUACCAUUGUCCCAAGAUGUGCACCAAUAUGGCAGCUGGUUCAACCAUGUAUCUCAUGGAAUUUAUGAAAAAUUUUGAUAAUCCAAGACAAAUAAUGAGCAUUUAAUGUCACCCAUGUUGAUGCUCAUCUGGGUUUUUCCAUGUUUUUAUAUGCAGUGGAGCGGAUUUUUCAGGUUCUGUAUUGAUGAUGAUGAUGGUAAGUGAUAGUGUUUAAAAUUAAUUUUAAAUAUUUAAAUAUCUUGUGAAUUUUUCUCAUUGGAAACUCGAAUUCUCUAUAUCUCACUGUAACAAUUCCAUAUUAUUAAUUAUUGCUUUUCCUUUCCCAUAUUUAUACAGGGUAUGUUAUAACAUGCAUUUGCGGUGCAUUUAGAUAAAUGUAGUAUACAUAUACUUUUUUAAACCUCUAUGAAAAACUGCACCCAAACGUGGGGUUAUAGUGGUAAGAAAAAGUAGCAUUUUUUUAAGUGAUUGUUUGUUUUUUGUCGGCGCCAUGAUGUCAAAUCAUUACCAUCUAACAAAAAUUCGUUGAUUUUACAUUAACGAUUUUUCCAAUUUUAUUUAUAAUCUUAACUCAGCGGACUAUGUAGUCUAGUGGCUCGGGAA